AUGAAAUUCAAAAAAAUUAAAUAGUUAAGAAAGUGGAUUAAUUUUUAUAGGAUCAACUACGAUUUCCAUUUCCCUUAUAAGCUUUUAGUAGACGGAACAUUUUUAAAGGCAUGUUAUGAUAGAAAAUUUGAAUUUAAGGAAAAACUUACAAAACUGAUGCAUGGAUAAUGUUGGGUUUAAAUUACCACAUGCGUUUUAAAUGAGCUUAGAUCUAUUCCUUAAUUGAAAGAUUUAUUUGAUUUUGGAAUGACUUUACCAAAGUUGAGAUGCAAUCAUAUUGAUGGAUUAACUCCUACUGAGUGUUUCAAAGAUUUAGUAUAAAAAAAUAAUGCAGAAAGAUACUGGGUUAUGACAUAAGACGAAGAAUUAAGAGAGUACUUCAAUUAAUUUUACCCUAUUCCUCUCUUUUGGAUAAGCAAAGACCUUAAAUUUACAAUUGAAGAGCCAAAUAAAAAGUGUUAAAAAGAAAUAGAAAAGAAAAAACAUAAUAAAUAUCUACCUUCAGAUAAAGAAUUAGCUGUUAUAAAGUAAGUAUAAAAAGAGCAAAAGGAGGAAGAAUUAAAGAAAUACUUUUAAAAAAUUGAUAAAAUAAAAAAUGAAAUGAAUAUAAGAGUGAAAAAGCCAGCUAAAGGUCCUAAUCCCUUAUCUGUCUAAAAGAAAAAAGACAAAAUAAUCCAAAGAAAUAAAGACUAAACCAAAACUAGAAAUAGAAAAACUAAAAAGAUUAGAAAAAGAGUAAAUCAUUUAAGAACUAAAAAAUCAGUAAAAAAUAAUGAAACAAACUGA